UCAGACACGCCUCAGCGCCAGCAGCGAGUUGGAGCUCUAUGGAGGUGGCGGCGAGUACCGGGUGGUGGCUGCAGCAGCGAAUCUUUUGAGCUGAGAGUUUCAAGCCAGUCCCAACUCCUUCCUCCCCCUUCCCUCCCCCUUUUUUGUUUUCCGUUCCCCUCCCCCUCCCUUCCCCGUCCCCGACGACCGGAUCCUGAGGAGGCAGCUGCAGUGGCAGCUGCUGAGUUCUCGGUGAAGAUUCUUCGUUGUCAAGCCGCCAAAGUGGAGAGUGCGAUUGCAGAAGGGGGUGCUUCUCGUUUCAGUGCUUCUUCGGGCGGAGGAGGAAGUAGGGGUGCACCUCAGCACUAUCCCAAGACUGCUGGCAACAGCGAGUUCCUGGGGAAAACCCCAGGGCAAAACGCUCAGAAAUGGAUUCCUGCACGAAGCACUAGACGAGAUGACAACUCCGCAGCAAACAACUCCGCAAAUGAAAAAGAACGACAUGAUGCAAUCUUCAGGAAAGUAAGAGGCAUACUAAAUAAGCUUACUCCUGAGAAGUUUGACAAGCUAUGCCUUGAGCUCCUCAAUGUGGGUGUAGAGUCUAAACUCAUCCUUAAAGGGGUCAUACUGCUGAUUGUGGACAAAGCCCUAGAAGAGCCAAAGUAUAGCUCACUGUAUGCUCAGCUAUGUCUGCGAUUGGCAGAAGAUGCACCAAACUUUGAUGGCCCAGCAGCAGAGGGUCAGCCAGGACAGAAGCAAAGCACAACAUUCAGACGCCUCCUAAUUUCCAAAUUACAAGAUGAAUUUGAAAACCGAACCAGAAAUGUUGAUGUCUAUGAUAAGCGUGAAAAUCCCCUCCUCCCUGAGGAGGAGGAACAGAGAGCCAUUGCCAAGAUCAAGAUGUUGGGGAACAUCAAAUUCAUUGGAGAACUUGGAAAGCUUGAUCUUAUUCAUGAAUCUAUCCUUCAUAAGUGCAUCAAAACACUUUUGGAAAAAAAGAAGAGAGUCCAACUCAAAGAUAUGGGAGAGGAUUUGGAGUGCCUCUGUCAGAUAAUGAGGACAGUGGGACCUAGGUUAGACCAUGAACGAGCCAAGUCCUUAAUGGAUCAGUACUUUGCCCGAAUGUGCUCCUUGAUGUUAAGUAAGGAAUUGCCAGCGAGGAUUCGUUUCCUGCUGCAGGAUACCGUAGAGUUGAGAGAACACCAUUGGGUUCCUCGCAAGGCUUUUCUUGACAAUGGACCAAAGACGAUCAAUCAAAUCCGUCAAGAUGCAGUAAAAGAUCUAGGAGUGUUUAUUCCUGCUCCUAUGGCUCAAGGGAUGAGAAGUGAUUUCUUUCUGGAGGGACCGUUCAUGCCACCCAGGAUGAAAAUGGAUAGGGACCCACUUGGAGGACUUGCUGAUAUGUUUGGACAAAUGCCAGGUAGCGGAAUUGGUACUGGUCCAGGAGUUAUCCAGGAUAGAUUUUCACCCACCAUGGGGCGUCAUCGUUCAAAUCAACUCUUCAAUGGCCAUGGGGGACACAUCAUGCCUCCCACACAGUCGCAGUUUGGGGAGAUGGGAGGCAAGUUUAUGAAAAGCCAGGGGCUAAGCCAGCUCUACCAUAACCAGAGUCAGGGACUCUUAUCCCAGCUGCAAGGACAGUCGAAGGAUAUGCCACCUCGGUUUUCUAAGAAAGGACAGCUUAAUGCAGAUGAGAUUAGCCUGAGGCCUGCUCAGUCUUUCCUAAUGAAUAAAAAUCAAGUGCCAAAGCUUCAGCCCCAGAUAACUAUGAUUCCUCCUAGUGCACAACCACCACGCACUCAAACACCACCUCUGGGACAGACACCUCAGCUUGGUCUCAAAACUAAUCCACCACUUAUUCAGGAAAAGCCUGCCAAGACCAGUAAAAAGCCACCGCCAUCAAAGGAAGAACUGCUUAAAUUAACCCAAUUAGCUAAAUUACAAGAUCGAGAAUGGUUAACAGAGCUUUUCCAACAAAGCAAGGUCAAUAUGCAGAAAAUGCUCCCAGAAAUUGAUCAGAAUAAGGACCGCAUGUUGGAGAUCUUGGAAGGAAAGGGACUGAGUUUCUUAUUCCCACUCCUCAAAUUGGAGAAGGAACUGUUAAAGCAAAUAAAGUUGGAUCCAUCUCCUCAAACCAUAUAUAAGUGGAUUAAAGAUAACAUCUCUCCCAAACUUCAUGUAGAUAAAGGAUUUGUGAACAUCUUAAUGACGAGCUUCUUACAGUACAUUUCUAGUGAAGUAAACCCACCCAGUGAUGAAACAGAUUCUUCCUCUGCUCCUUCCAAAGAACAGUUAGAGCAGGAAAAACAACUGCUUCUUUCCUUCAAGCCAGUAAUGCAGAAAUUCCUUCAUGAUCACGUUGAUCUACAAGUCAGUGCCCUCUAUGCUCUUCAGGUGCACUGCUACAAUAGCAACUUCCCGAAAGGCAUGUUACUCCGCUUUUUUGUUCACUUCUAUGACAUGGAGAUUAUUGAAGAAGAAGCUUUCUUGGCUUGGAAAGAAGAUAUAACCCAAGAGUUUCCAGGGAAAGGCAAGGCUUUGUUCCAGGUGAAUCAGUGGCUAACCUGGCUAGAAACUGCUGAAGAAGAAGAAUCAGAGGAAGAAGCUGAUUAAAAGAACCAGCCAAAGCCUUAAAUUGUGCAAAACAUACUGUUGCUAUGAUGUAACUGCAUUUGACCUAACCACUGCGAAAAUUCAUUCCGCUGUAAUGUUUUCACAAUAUUUAAAGCAGAAGCGCGUCAGUUAGGAUUUCCUUCUGCAUAAGGUUUUUUUGUAGUGUAAUGUCUUAAUCAUAGUCUACCAUCAAAUAUUUUAGGAGUAUCUUUAAUGUUUAGAUAGUAUAUUAGCAGCAUGCAAUAAUUACAUCAUAAGUUCUCAAGCAGAGGCAGUCUAUUGCAAGGACCUUCUUUGCUGCCAGUUAUCAUAGGCUGUUUUAAGUUAGAAAACUGAAUAGCAACACUGAAUACUGUAGAAAUGCACUUUGCUCAGUAAUACUUGAGUUGUUGCAAUAUUUGAUUAUCCAUUUGGUUGUUACAGAAAAAUUCUUAACUGUAAUUGAUGGUUGUUGCCGUAAUAGUAUAUUGCCUGUAUUUCUACCUCUAGUAAUGGGCUUUAUGUGCUAGAUUUUAAUAUCCUUGAGCCUGGGCAAGUGCACAAGUCUUUUUAAAAGAAACAUGGUUUACUUGCACAAAACUGAUCAGUUUUGAGAGAUCGUAAAUGCCCUUGAAGUGGUCUUUGUGGGUGUGAAACAAAUGGUGAGAAUUUGAAUUGGUCCCUCUUAUUAUAGUAUUGAAAUUAAGUCUACUUAAUUUAUCAAGUCAUGUUCAUGCCCUGAUUUUAUAUACUUGUAUCUAUCAAUAAACAUUGUGAUACUUGAUAUAGUUGUGUGACUUUAAGUAGCACCUACAAAUUUAUGAAGAAUUGAUAGGUUUUGUUUUGAGAUAGGUCUGUCUUAGGAACUUUUAAUUCAUAAUCAGAAAUUCACUAUUUUCUGAUUAGACAGAAAAUUCAAGGUGGUUAUUCCUCUUUAGGUCAUGUUACUGGAAGUAACCAAUAUACAAUACCUGUAAUCAGGGGCAGUGCUGAGAAUCACAAGUCUUAUGAAUUCAGAGGGACGUUGCUAAUGCAUAACAACAAACUUGGUGACAUUUAUCUUUUCGUCACCAUACUGAACUAUGUGGUGAACUGAGAGGUUUAUCACCCUCAUGGUCAAAACAACUGUGACAAUCCUAUCAUCAUUCUCAGUAAUUGUAAUUGUUCCUGUUUCAAGGAAGGUUCCCCCUUGAAACCCCAGAGUAGCCCAGUAAAACUGGCUCCUUAAUCCAACUGAAGCCCUGCAUGGAGGUUUAAAAUAUAUUUUCAGAAACCACUUAAUAAGCAUUUGCUCAAAUCCCCAACCCCUUGUUAUGUGACAAUCCUAGGCAGGCUUUGGCUUGGGUAGGGGCUCUUGAAAGUGUUGCUGGAGUCCUGGUUGCUUGUCUUAGCUUCUAAGAGCAACCUGUACUUGGUUUGGGGGGAGCCUCUAGGCGGACAGUAAUACACCAUACUGCUAAAUCUGAUAGAACCUUUGUCUUCAGUGUUGCACCUGCUUAUUCUCUGAGAGGGGUGGUGGGUAAAACCAGUAUUAUUUGUGUCCUCUUGGCGUCAGAAGCUAGCUCUCCCUGUGCCCUAGCAGACCUCUGCAUUGAAGUUCUAACAGAUUCAGAGCUUUUGGUGGAUAUUGUAAAUACCAUGAAAUUAAAGCUAAGUGGAGACUUGUGUAAAUUAAAUUGACUUCAGAUAGAAUAUCAAGAAGCUGACUUUACUAGGCUGUAGAAAUAAACGGCAUUCCUGGCGCUCUGCCCAACCCUCCCCAAGGGGGAAACUGAUUUUUAACCCAGCAAAUGUAGCCUCUUUUGUUAGAGAGGUGGGCCUUGGCUUCAGUUUACAGCCAGAAUUCUCGCAAUUCAGCUAGAGAAUUGGGCCAAAGGAUGUCCCAGAGUUCGACGUGGUGUGGGGCGGCUUGUCAGAAGUCAGACCUGUGUCCCCUCAACCAGUGCUUCAAGAACAACUCAGAUGCCCCUUAAAGAGCAACAUCUCCCCACUCGCAUCUUGUUCAAAAAACACUGAACAGGGUGUUUUACAACCUACCAUACUAUGGAAUGACAAUAUUUGGAUGUACUGGGCAUGUGCCUUGCAUGAAGGACAUAAUGCUUUUAGUAUCAGCACACUUAAGUCUACAGUGUCGUAUCUUAAAGAUAAGAUUCCACAUCUUCGGGCUUCCUUGGUCGCGCAGUGGUUGAGAAUCUGCCUGCUAAUGGAGGGGACACAGGUUCAAGCCCUGGUCUGGGAAGAUCCCACAUGCCGCGGAGCAACUAAGCCUGUGUGCCACAACUGAGCCUGCGCGUCUGAAGCCUGUGCUCCGCAACAAGAGAGGCUAUGAUAGAGGCCCGCACACCGCAAUGAAGAGUGGCCCCUGCUUGCCGCAACUAGAGAAAGCCCUCGCACAGAAACGAAGACCCAAUACAGCCAAAAAUAAUUAAUUAAAAAAAAAAAAUUACGCGUCUUCCCCCAAAA